AUGGCUCGCGCUCGGCUAGCUGGACUCGCGCGGCCCUGGACCAGCUCUAGCACUCCGAGUCUGCCCGCCUGCACCUGCCGGCGAGCGCCCUCGCCUAGCUUUGCUGCUUCAUCAGUCGCUCGCUCAUUCUCCUCGACAUCGACUGCGCAGAGCCACGACAACCCGCUCGGCCUGCCGCGCAAUGACGCCCCGCCAACCAUGCCUCGGAUGCAGCGAGGUCUGCCGCAGAAGCGGAAGCUGCCGGGCGUCAAGAAGGUCGUGGUUGUCUCGAGUGGGAAGGGCGGAGUAGGCAAGAGCAGCGUAGCAGUCAAUCUCGCUCUGGCGCUAUCCUCACUACCACCAGAUGUAACAGGAGGCGGGCGACCACGCGUCGGCGUACUCGACCUUGAUAUCUUCGGACCCUCCAUCCCGAAAUUGAUGGGUCUUGAGGGUGCUGGCGAACCGUUCUUGACGGCAGAGAACCGCCUCACGCCUCUUCGUGCACACGGCCUACCCUGCAUGUCCAUGGGAUUCCUCCUCCCGAACAACCCGCCCGAUCCUUCCGACCCGACCAAGACGCCUGCAGAUACUCCCGUCGUCUGGCGAGGCAUGAUGGUGAUGAAGGCGGUCCAGCAGUUGCUGUUCGACGUCGACUGGCGGGCGGGAACGGGCGGGAGCGACCUCGACGUGCUUGUCGUCGACACGCCGCCCGGCACAGGAGACGUGACAUUGAGUCUUGGACAGCUGGUGACGGUUGACGGCUCCGUGAUCGUCUCGACGCCUCAGAACGUCGCCAUCAUCGACACCCGCAAAGGCGUCGCCAUGUUCCGCAAGCUGGGCAUCCCCAUCACCGGCGCGGUCCUCAACAUGUCGCAUUUCCUCUGUCCCGGCUCGUCGACACCUCACUACGUCUUUGGGCGGCCAGACUCGUUCAUGUCGACUUGCUCCGCCCUCUCGCUCGACGUGCUCGCCCAAAUCCCUAUCGAGCCAGCGGUAUCGGCUCGCGGCGAUGAAGGGUCGCCGGUUGUCAUGCUUCCUGGUGCAGAGGGCAGCGGCGGCAGCAAGGCGCGAGAGGCCUUCCUCGCACUCGGCGCCGAAGUCUGGCGGCGGAUCAACCAGCAGCAGGGAGCGGACGCCACCGCACCGUCUUGA